AUGGAGAGAUCACAAAAACUUCCAUUCUACAACCUGAAUAUUGAUAUGCACAUCAGGGACCAUGAUAUAGUGGUAGCUCCAAUAGAAAAAAAUAGCAUCGACGCACCUUUGAAGUUCCAAUCCUUUUGCGAGAGGCAUAUUAAAUCCCCAUAUCAGGCUAUUUAUACCGAUGCAUCAAAACAGGACAAUCCUCGGACCGUUGGAGCUGGAAUAUACUCUGAAAAUAUAUCGGCAUCUCUCAGAUUACCAGAUCAUUGGGCUAUAUACACAGCAGAAAUGUUCGCAAUUGGAUAUGCCUUAGAGUGGUCCCUAAAGAACAACCCUAGAACAAAUAUCAUCAUUUUCACGGAUUCACGAAGCGCAAUCAUGAAACUUAAGAACUGGAAAAUAAAAACUGACAUACAUGCUAUAGAAAUUAGGGUUAAAGCACUGCUAAUAAGAGCAGAGGAGAUGGGAAUUAAUGUUAAAUAUGUGUGGAUCCCCAGCCAUUCUGGCAUAGCUGGGAACGAGGAGGCAGAUAGGCUGGCUAACAGAGGGAGAGAAAAAGAUGUAACGAAUUACGAGGGUAGCUACCAGGAUGUUUACAACAUGAUUAGACAAGAAGUCAAGAAGGAAUGGCAUACAGAAUGGAAGGAAAUGGGCAAAAGUAAAGGAAAAACCUAUACGUCAAUAUGGUGGGAGUUAAGGAUAACAUUACGGGAAACAAAUUAA